UCUGCGCGGAGCACUAAAGCGCUGCUGUGUCAACACCCCCGAGCGCACAUCCCUCCUCAGCUGAGCUGACGCCGUCUGCCUGCCGAGAAAUCCAGACUCCUGCGAUGAUGAGACUAUGAUGAAUGCAGUCUGGGCUGUCGAUUGUGUAAUGGAGUUGAGGUGAGAAUGGCACUUUCUCAGUCAAAAUCAACCAAAAUGGGAAAGUCCAGACUGUUCCGCAUUUUUAUAAUUGUGGGUGCCGUCUUCAUGAUUCUUCUUAUAAUCAUAUACUGGGAUGAUGUGGGGGCCUCUAAUUUUUACCUGCACACAACCAUCUCCGGGCCCCAUCCGUCCCGCCUCUCUCCGCAGAGCCGUCGUGACCCUGAAAAGAAAGUAGAGGAAGACAAAGAGAGCUCGUUUUUGACGGACAUAGAUGCUUUUGUCAACCAGUUUUUAGAAGGAACCGCAGACCCCACGGAACAGGUGAGAGGAGAACCACCCCCUGGAGACGCCCACAAUCAGUCCUCUGAGAAAUCAGAGGAGAAAUUUGUCCCGAGAAGAGAGUGGAAGAUCCAUCUGAUGCCAAUUGACCCUGAGAAAAAACAAAGGCAGGACAGUAGAAAGCAGCUGAUCCAAGAUGUGUGCGGUAACAAAAGUUAUUUUGACUUCCCCGGAAAGAACAGGACUUUUGAUGACAUACCCAAUAAAGAAUUGGAUCACCUCAUCGUGGACGACAGGCAUGGGAUUAUUUACUGUUACGUUCCCAAGGUGGCCUGCACAAACUGGAAGCGCAUCAUGAUCGUGCUGAGCGAGAGCCUGUUAUUGGACGGCGUGCCCUACCAAGACCCUCUAGAUGUUCCUCAGGAGCUCAUCCAUAACAGUAGCCUGCACUUCACCUUCAACAAGUUCUGGAAGCGCUAUGGAAAGUUCUCACGGCACCUCAUGAAAAUCAAGCUUAAGAAAUACACCAAGUUUUUGUUCGUCAGGGAUCCUUUCGUACGACUGAUCUCUGCCUAUCGCAACAAAUUCGAACAAGAGAACGAGGACUUCUACAAAAGAUUUGCGCUUGUCAUGCUGAGAAAAUUCAGCAAUUACUCUGAUCCACCGGCAUCAGUCGUGGACGCUUUUGCCGCUGGGAUUCGACCGUCUUUCUCGAAUUUCGUUCAGUAUUUAUUGGAUCCUAACACUGAGAAAGAGAUGCCUUUCAACGAGCACUGGAGACAAAUCUACCGUCUGUGCCAUCCCUGCCAGAUAAAUUAUGAUUUCGUGGGGAAGCUGGAGACCUUGGAUGAGGACGCUGAGCAUUUGUUGCGGAUUCUCCGCGUAGACAAUGUUGUGGAGUUCCCACAAAGUCAUCGCAAUCGAACGGUCACCAGUUGGGAGCAGGACUGGUUUGCCAACAUACCAUUGGAGUCCAGAAAAGAGCUGUACAGGCUCUAUGAGGCCGACUUUAAACUGUUUGGAUAUUCUAAACCAGAGAAGCUGUUACAUGAGUGAUACGCUGAUUGUCAACUUUACUGAGGUGCUGACAAGAUUUUCACAGCACAAGAAACAGGGCAAUAGGAGUUCCUGCUGCUUGGUUCUUAAUGUGCGGCUCUUUCACAUGAUGCUGUUUAUAAAGGCCCUUUCGCAUGACUCGCGUCCUGAGGAUCAAUGUUUGGCUAGUUAGCAUGGUCCAGUUAAGUCCUGUAGGUAGAUACAGUGAUUGCACCAUCUGCUUCCAAAAAGCAUCUUUCUCCAUUGGCAGCUAUUCAAAAGUACAGCGUCCCACACAUGACAUCAAUAGAAAUAAAAAUGAAGAAUUUGUAUUCACAACUUGAUUUGCUCCCUCAUUUUAGUUAAAUUGUUGCCACGUUGUACUAAGUUGUUCCCUUGUUAAAUUGUGGCCACGAUUUAACUAAAUUAAAAUGAGGGAACAAGUUAGUACAAUGUGUCCAUGAAUGAACUAAAACAAGUGAAUUAUUUAAUACGUGGCCAGGAUUUGACUAAAUUAAAGUGAGCGAAUAAUUUAGUACAAAGUGUCCACAAUUCAAAAAUAAAAUGAAUUAGUACACCAUGGCCAUGAUUUAAAUAAAAUGAGAGAACGAAUGAGUACAACAUGGCCACAAAUUAUGAAGUAGUUGAGGAAAUAUAUAUUUUUUUUACUUUGUGGCCAUGAUAUCUAUUUUUUUUCUUCCACAUGUCACGUAUUUGUGAUUCGCAAAUAUUAUAGUGGAUGUUUUACCAGUGCCCGAUUUUUAUUUGUAUUUUUUUCUGAAUCUAUAUUUUGAGGACUCUUUAAAAGCGUUAUAAGGACGUGGUUAUUUGGAUAUUUUUUUCCUGGUCUGCUGCCUUUUACGUCACGUGAUAGUCACUAGAGAAGGGUUUAAUGCAGUCAGCCAGUGUCAGCGUUGCCAUGAUCUUACAGCUCAGGUAAUUGUCUAAAAACAUGCUGUAAGUGAAGAUGGCCGAUAAGAGAAAGC